AUGUCCGUAAGCUUCCUGCUGGACGCGGCCAUGUACGGCAACCCUGCGAGACACCUGAACCUCGGUCAGCCGCACCUGAACGUGUACCCGCCCGCGCCGUACGCGGACUACAGCGGGUACCCCGCGGCUCCGGCGCUCGAGGGUGACCUGCACCUCACCGGCGGCGCCUGGAGUCCCGGCUUCGGCCCCGGCUCGCGCGACGACUGGCCGCCGCUCUACGGCCACGGGACGGGUCACCCGCUCCCGGUGAACGGCGCGGAGGUCAGCGGCAUUCCGCCGGUGGAGCAGGGGCUGCUGAGCGGCGCGGUGGAGAGAGAGGAGCCGCCGGACUGGAUGAGACGCGCCGCGCCUCCCGCAAACCCGGGAGGAAAGACACGAACGAAGGACAAAUACAGAGUGGUGUACAGUGAUGUCCAGCGCUUGGAGCUGGAGAAGGAAUUUCAUUUCAGCCGUUACAUCACCAUCAGACGGAAGGCGGAGCUCGCGGUGGCCCUGAGCCUAUCAGAACGCCAGGUGAAGAUCUGGUUUCAAAACAGACGAGCCAAAGAAAGGAAAAUAAACAAGAAGCGACUCCAGCAGACUGAGCAGAGCUCCACAUUCACACCGGUCAGCGCAUCCGGCCACGCAAACACCGCCAUGGUCAGCAGCACCAAUAACGGCUUGAUGACAGACAAUAUAUCGACCAGCAUCAAAGAGGAAUACUGAAAACUCUUCCAGACAGAAGGAUAAACAGUACAUGUUUACACGGUUUCAGUGACGCUGAGCGGAGCGUUCAUAUUGCACUACACGAAUGACACGCAAACACGUUUUAUUGUGA